CUUGAGCUGCGUGUCCGUUUGGAGCUCCAAAAGCCUCACGUCACAAGAAGCUCCAUCCAUGACCCACGAGGUGGACACUUGUCUGAAGCCAGCAAUUCAACGACGAUAACCUCCACCAUACACGACAAAGACGAAUCUCACGCUUACGCUCCGCGACUCGAAUCAAAGAUAACGCAAUAUUUCCAGGCAACAAACCUUGGACCACAAUGGCACCGAAACGAGCCGUGACCCCAUCAGCGCAACCCGCUGCUCCCGCCGUAGCCACACCCGCCCCGGCAAAGGCGCCGAAAGCGUCGUCGUCGUCGGUAUCUUGGGACAAGACCGUCACCAACGUCGUCGACCACUACCUAAAAUCUACACCGCAAAGGACCAAGCUCCUUGACGUUUUCCUGGGCUUCCUGGUCGUGAACGGCGCCCUGCAGUUCCUCUACUGCAUCCUUGCCGGAAACUUUCCUUUCAAUGCCUUCCUGUCCGGAUUCUGCUCAACCGUGGGCCAGUUCGUCUUGACAGUCUCCCUCCGAAUCCAACAGAACCCCCAGAACGCAGCCGACUUUCCUUCAGUGUCACCAGAAAGGGCAUUCGCCGAUUACAUUGUGUGCAGCUUGAUCCUGCAUUUCUUCUGUGUCAACUUUAUCAACUAGGUAUAUUCUGUGGGGUUUUCGGGGGGGAUGAUGGUGCGAGAUCAUUAGGGGCGGAAAGGCCGUUGCAUAUCGGACGAGGCCCAAUUAUGGUUCGUCUGCUACCGCGGAUACUUGUAACAGUACAAGAACAUGACGAUUAGGCGGAUGAACACAUACACAAAAGAGGACAGAAACUAUCGGGAAUGAACCAAAAGGAAAAAGGUGCCACACUGGCUCAGGGUCUAUCAGGUCUACGCCAGCUUGAUACUAGAACAUAAAAAGAGAAAUCAUAA